AUGCAAAUUGAUUAUAAUCUGGAUAAUUUCGAAGAAAUAUUAAAAAAUGAAGAAGAUGAUCUUGAAAACUUGUUAGCUCAACUUUCAGAAACUGAUCUUUUAAAUACUCAUGAAUAUAUUUGUAUUAAAAAUACAGAAAUUGAAGGUAGUCUUACUGAUGAUGAUAUUUUGAAAGCAAUAGCUGAUAAAAAUGAAGACAAAGUUAAACAAUCUAAUAAUGAAAUAAAUGAAAAAAUUA